UUCCUCGUGCUGCCUAUGCAAUCUGUAAUUUCUCUGUUUUAUCUCAAACAAUGCGACAAUGUUAAAUGAUGAUUCCGAACAAGAAAGUACAGAAUUCUAAGAGCAAUCAAGCCCAAGCAAGUCCAUGGCUACUGUGCCCAUCGAAGAGUUUCCCCGGAAAGUUUUACUAUUUCAAUGGUUCAACCGGUGAGACCGCGUGGAGCCUUAGCGAUACAGAUAAAAAUUUGAAAAAGGGCCCAAUCCAUAGAGUAACAGAUAAAGUCCACACCUAUCCUGAACCUUUUGAUCCGCCCUUAGACGACAGUACCAACACAACAAACUCCUUCUCGUCUCUAAAAAACACCGGCAACGCAUUCACGUACCAUGCCAACGUCAGGCCUUCACCCGUAUUUGGGCAAGCGGUGUUCCCAAAAUAUGUCCAACCGGACUUUAUGCCCAAAUUUAUAUGGACACUGACACCGAUGUAUGUGCCAAAUCAAAUGACGCAACACAGGCAAAUGCUGGAUCAAAUAACACAGACAUACGUGCCGGAUAAAACAAUGUAUGUUCCGUCUUUAAACAGCCGUUUUCAAGCAGUAAAAAGGCCAACGUUCGCUCCAGAGUUCCGAUUCCAGCCGUUUAAAGAAAAACCAAUAUUUGAUCAAGCUUCAAACUUUGAACCAAUGGUUCCCAAACCUAAGAUGAAGGAUGAAGCUUGUCAAACAUUCAUACCAAGACUACAGAGACUUAGAACCCAAUCAGAAAUCGAUACAACGACAAAAUCAGCUCUAAAACCAAGCAGGUCUGUGGAAAAUCUCUCAUCAACUAAGGAUGUGGAAACAUCAACUCUAAGUCCUCCAAGUAAGGUUGAGAAUGGAAGUGACAAGUUGAGUGAGCUGGAUAAGAAUGAUUUGAGGUUCAAACUGGUGGCUAAAAAGAAGAAAGUGGAAACGGUGGUGGUGGAGAAGGCAGAAACAGCCACAGACCAAUCAAAGGCAACUAAAAUACGAGAUGGCUUACCACCAGAAGGCAUAUUGCCGAAGAAACGAGUGACCUUCGACCUUCAGGAGCCAGGGGCCAGCCACACUAGCUCUGAAGAAGUACAUGUAAUUGACCAGAGCCCCGAUCCUCACAUAGAAAGGCCGCUGUGGUACGUGGCUGCCGACACGGAAGCACUACUGUCGGGUUUGCAGUGUAUAGAGGAAUUCGUCAAAAGUGAUGCUAGCUGUCGGUUGCUAGUCCCACACGCAGUAUACUCGGAGCUGAAGUCUCUGGGUCGGGGGGAAAAUGGGGCGGUGCCCGCGCGACUGGUGCUUAGAAAAAUAAUCGCACACGACAACAGCAUCGUAGUACAGAGUAAACCGGAAUACGAGCUGUCACCUGAAGACAGCAUGCUGCAGUGCUGCUGGAGUCUGCUGCGAGAGGACUGUCACGUGAUUCUCAUAACAAAUAAUAAAAGCAUAAGGAAAAAAGCGAAAACAAUUAAUUUAGAAUGCUAUAAUCUAGACGAUAUAACAAUGGAAGAAGGCAUCGAUAACGAAAUCGAUCCAGUGAUCAAUAAUGAUCUAACGAAGUUGAAAAUUAUAGUAAACAAUGAUAAUAAGAAAUCAAUAAUAGUAGAAAAUGAUACAAAGAAAUCUGAAAAUCUGUUCAUGCAAAAUUUGAAAGAAAUAAACGGUUUUUCUGUUACUAAACCCAAUGGUAUUAAUAUACGUCCGUCUAGAAUAAACUUGCAACUUGAAACUGAUAAUAUCUUCAGCAUGGACUCUAGUUCUGAUAAACUAAUAAAUUUGACUAGACCUAAGGAUAAAGUGAAAGCUGCGUUCAAUUCUGAAUUAACUAACGUAAAAGAUCAAAUUGUGAAUCUUAGCAUAACUGAAAAUAGUCCUGUACAGAAUCGAACUAAACGGAUUAUGGAAAAUGUGUUUCGGAAUACGGGGCUUAAUGAUAAAACCUGUCAAAACCCGUCCUUAGAUCUACGAAAACAAAAUGCAAGCGCCAAAAUAAAUGUAGAUAAAAUUAAUCAGAUCGUACCAAAAAAUGUUGAAGAUAUUGACGCUAGCGACUUAGAUAUAAGACUGAACACGAUAGAAAAUAAUCAAGAAAAAUUUAGAGAUACUAUAAAAGUAAGCGGUAUUACCAAAUUGAAUAAUCAAUUCAAUUUGGAAGAAGAAUUAGGGAGAUUUUGCAUUAAAAACUCUGUAAUGGAAAACAGAGUUAAAAGUAGAAUAGACGAAUGGGUUUGCCGCUUGCGUCAAGCCAUGGAAGGAGCUUUAUCAGAUCUCCUUUUAAAUGAAAAUACUAAGGCUAAAAGAAUGAAUCCACCUAUGAAUACCCUGUUUGAAGGAAUACUGGGAACAGGUGAAAUAUUCAGAAAGCACACAAAUAUAAAACUUAUUAUUGAUCAGUUUCCAAUAGAACUGAUAAGUUGCAGUUUUAACAAUGGAAAAUUACAGAAAGAUUUUAAACCAAACGAAUUUAUGAAACUGGCGGGUUUCAGUGUGAUUCUUAUAGAACAAUUGAAGAAGAUUGUGAAUUGCGAAGAAUUGUACGAAGCAGAAGAAAUGCUAGAACAUUUGAUCAAAAACAUAGAAAAUCCUAAAACUGAUAUAGAUCUGUCUUUAGAAAAAGUUAACACGCCUAUAUUUAGUAGAAGUGAAAUUGAAGAUACAAAAACACCGAUAGUUUUCAGAAAGAGCCGAACGGAAGUUCUAGAAUAUUUGAAAAAACAUUUUGCGGAGUGCCGAAGUGAAACAGACACGACAGAUACUGUUGAAUGCUUUGACAAUGAGCCAAAUAUACUUAUAACUUGCGGUAAAAACUUGAAUACGCUAAAAAUUACUAACACUAGAACUAUUACUGUAGAAAAAACAAACAGUGCACUCAACACGCAAACUAACAAUGAGAAUAAUGAGAAAUCAAAUGUCAAUAAUCACCCGAAAGUAAUAAGAAACGUUAAAAUCAUAGACGCUUUUGAAGAAAGACUCAAAAAGCACGCACAACUAGAAUCAGAUGAGCUUGAUUAUGAAGAAUCUGUUUAUACUAAAUCAGAUAUUACUGAGAUUAAGAGCGAAAAACCGGAUGAAUACGAUGUUAUGGAUGAUUUGUGUGUGUCGGAUAGCGACACUGAUUCAGAAUGCACCCGAGCGUACCGAUUGGCAAAGAUAUUUUUGGCGAAAGUGAAAACUACUUUGAUACGGAUAUAUAACUUCAUGUAA